GCCUUUCUGCAAGCCCACGGUGGCUAUUUAAAGGCACGCGCCUGCACUGCUGUGUUGGGAGUCGUUUGUGGCGUGUGUUACUGUGCGGCAGCCAUGGCCAGCCACGUCGAGCUCUGCACCGGCGCCAAGAUGCCCAUCGUGGGGUUGGGCACAUGGAAGUCACCUCCAGGCCAGGUGACCGAGGCUGUGAAGGUAGCAAUUGACCUCGGGUACCGCCACAUCGACUGUGCCCAGGUGUACCAGAAUGAGAAGGAGGUAGGGGUGGCCCUGAAGGAGAAGCUCAAGGAGGGAGUGGUGAAGCGCCAGGAGCUCUUCAUCGUCAGCAAGCUGUGGUGCACGUUCCAUGACAAGAGCCUGGUGAAAGGAGCCUUCCAGAAGACUCUCACUGACCUGCAGCUGGACUACCUGGACCUCUACCUUAUCCAUUGGCCAACAGGCUUCAAGCAUGGACCUGACUAUUUCCCAUUGGAUGCAACAGGCAAUGUAAUUCCCAGUGACACUGAUUUUGUGGAUACUUGGACGGCCAUGGAAGAGCUGGUGGAUGAAGGGCUGGUGAAAGCGAUUGGCAUCUCCAACUUCAACCAUCUUCAGAUCGAGAGGAUCUUGAGCAAACCUGGCUUAAAAUAUAAGCCAGCAGUUAACCAGAUUGAAUGCCACCCAUACCUAACUCAGGAGAAGCUGAUUCAGUACUGCCACUCCAAAGGCAUUGUGGUGACUGCUUACAGCCCCCUUGGUUCUCCCGACAGGCCCUGGGCCAAGCCAGAAGACCCUUCUAUCCUGGAAGAUCCCAGGAUUAAAGCAAUUGCAGACAAGUACAAUAAAACUACUGCCCAGGUGCUGAUCCGUUUCCCCAUACAGAGGGAUUUGGUAGUGAUCCCCAAAUCUGUGACACCAGCACGCAUUGCUGAGAACUUUCAGGUCUUUGACUUUGAGCUGAGCAGUGAGGACAUGGCAACCUUACUCAGCUACAACAGGAACUGGAGGGUCUGCGCCUUGGUGAGCUGUGCCACCCACAAGGACUACCCCUUCCACGCAGAGUUUUGAAGCUGUGGAUGCUCUUCCUCAAGUGACUUGUACCGUACCUAGUUUUCCUGCAUCAUUUGUCGUUGCAAAGUGUAGUGUGGCCCGUGUCCCUUGGCAGUGGACAGCAGCCUAGAGACCAAGCACCAAAGGCCCGUUAGCCUGACACUGGUGUGAAGAGUAGUACCAGUAGAUGAGUGUCUUUUCUUUGCCUUUUAUCUUACCCAGCUGGGUAAGGUACAACCUCAUUACCCUUUUUUGACCAAAGAGAAGCAGCUUCUACAAAGUCAAAGUAUUACUACUAACAGCUGAGUUUUGACUCCUUAUAACUGUAACCCUAUUAACCAAACUUCUCUUUGACUCAAAUAAAAAGUGUUUUUGUGAA